GUUCGACACAAGUGACCAGAGUAACAACGCGCGGCCAAGGUCGAUUCACAAGGCCGAUAGCUUACUCUACUAACAUUUCCAAUAGCCCCUGGCUGAUCGAAUGAUACUUGUAUAACAAUAAUUAAAGAAAAGUAAAGACAGAUAGAAAAACAUUAGAUAGUCUAGCAGCAUCGGUACCUCGUAGGUAUUUUCGAGUAAUGCAUCAUGGCCAACUGCAUGGAAUGGUAGUUCCCCUCCGACAUAUACCUUUCUUGCAAUAAGCCAAACUGCAUACCAAGUCACACUACUUUAUGGUUACUAUCGUAACGCAUCACCCAGUCCAGUCUAGGCAUCCAUAUUUCUCAAUUUUCUGUAUGUCUUGUACUAAUCAAUGAUGUUCUGUCGUAUCAUUCUAGGCCUUGGUUUAGGAGUGGCUUGUCUGCUAUGGCACUCACCAUCCCGUUGCGGCCUGACGGGAAGUGACAUCUCUUGUUUAGCCCAUGCGCUCUACUGGUCCAUUCCUUAGCAACGUUGUCGCAAAUCUACUUUUUCCUAUGCUCGCCCAAUGGCGUGACAGGUCGCAGUGGGAGGGACAUUCGAUAGUUACUCGACGAGGGGAGCUGAAGGGAAAGCCACUCGAUGGGGUAGAAGGGCGUUUGGACCAAUCAGCAGCGCCCGUGAUGAUGGGUGCGCGUUUUACAUUGCUCACUGGUUGCCGGCGUCCCAAUGUCCGUUAUGGUAUCUAUUGCAUACACUGCGAGAGGGUGUUGUACCUUACAGGAAGGGGAGAUAGACGAAGCGUAAGCUUAGGUGUAUCCCUCCGUACCAAGAAGUAACUAUA